GUUUCUAAACGUGUGGGUGAUUUAAAUGUUUAAUUGCACAAAAUAAUCGUGUUAUUCACACCUUAAUGAAUGAACCUUAUUGAAUUAUAUGUUUGAUUAUGUCUGAGGACCAUUUCUUCUAUUGGUCCAAUUUUUUUCAGAUUUGUUUUCUAUAAGCAAUGUGUUUAAUAGUAAAAAAGUCACAUAAUUUGAAUUUUUUACUAAAGUAAUACCUCAAGCAUCAAGAAAAUGCGUGACAAAAUAGAUUUCAUGGAUAUCUUGCAACCCCGCAACACGUACUUUGGCAUUGUGAAAUUUAUGACCCGGCCCUGGAUUCCAAAAAAAACAAUGAACCUGGAACGAGAAUAUUUCCCACAGGAUAUAAAAAAUUUAGUCACUAAAUCCGCGUAUUUGGAUUCCUAUUUAGAUGCUGAAAGUGCAAGGAGCAAUAUAGUGAAGCAGCACUUAAAAAAAGAAGUAUUAAAAUAUAUUGAAGAAAUAGCCAUGGAUAAACGUAUGCAUGUUAUUCGCUGGAUGGGUGUCUUUUUUCUAAAUGUUUCCUUUAUGAUGAAAACUGGCAUUUUUGUAAAUGAAACUGCUGUUUUAGAGCUUAAAAAGACAAUGGGUGACAAUCCAGUAUUAUUUCUGCCAACGCACAGAAGCUAUGCAGACUUCUGUUUAAUGACAUACCUGUGUUAUCAUUAUGAUAUUGAGUUACCAGCUGUUGCCGCUGGUAUGGAUUUCUACACAAUGGCGGUCGUAGGUCAAAUGAUGCGUGAGACAGGGGCUUUCUAUAUGCGUAGGACACUUGCAGGGGCGCCCUUAUACUCAGCCACAUUGCGGCAGUAUGUCCGCACACUUGUGGCACACUAUGGAGCCCCUGUUGAAUUCUUCCUGGAAGGCACGAGGAGUAGGAGCAAUAAAAGCUUACCACCGAAGUAUGGAAUGCUAGCCAUGUCAUUAGUCCCAUAUUUUGCCCGUGAAGUGGAUGACGUCACGAUUGUGCCUGUCAACAUAAGUUAUGAUCGUAUAGUGGAGCAGGCCCUCUUCGCGUAUGAACAUCUCGGUGUACCCAAACCUAAGGAGACGACUGGGGGUCUUAUCAAAGCAUUACACACUCUCAACGACCACUUUGGUAACAUAUACAUAAAUUUGGGUACUCCAAUGUCUCUUAAAAGCUUCCUGGGGCACUCCACCCUUACAUCCGAGACCCUCAAACCACGAGACCUUCAAAAACUGACAGAUGACCAGAUGAGGCAUGUCCAGAGAGUCGCCGAUCACGUGGUAACAUUGCAGCAAGACAACGCGGUGGUUACGAUCACGAAUCUGCUCUGUAUAGUUCUUAUGGAUAGUCUGUACAAAGGCAGGGUUUUGGGGCAGAAUGAGGUGGAGUCACAAAUCUCUUGGUUGAUAGAAGUAUUACAAAACCUGGGCGCUUCAGUUUUUGCAAGAGAUAUCAAAGGGAACAUGGAGAGAGUUUUGAUUGUACAUAGAACUAUGGUGAAGUUGGAUCGCGAGAAGAGAUUGAGAUUGGUGUCCAGUGCCCUGAUGAAUGUGACGGCUGAUGUGCAAAAGAAGAUGAAAGGUCACAUCUUAAAAGCAGAGACGAUGGUCAAUGCAGUCCCGUUGAUUAAGCUUCAGAUCUACAUAAACCCAGUAUUACAUUACAUAGUACCACCUGCACUUAUUCAUCUUAUUGUUAGCAGACAUAAUAUACUGAAAGAUGAAUUGUAUUCGACUUAUAUUGAAAUUAGAAGACUGCUGAGACAUGAAUUUUUCCAUAUAGAAGAGAAUGAACAGAUGACAUUGGACAAAGCGCUAGAGUACUGCAUACAAAACAAAUUGGUUUUAGUGAAUAAUAACUUGUUCUGUGACGGGUUGGGCGAUCAAUCGAACGACAAGUUGCGCUACAUGUUGCAAUGGGCUUUAUUGCCAGCGCUUACAACGCUUCUUUGUUGUAUGGACGUUAUGAACGAGUGUAAAGAAUGUGAACACAAGCGUGCUCUAAAGAAGAUACAAGAAAGGCUAGAACAGAAGAGAAGUCAUCCAUACUGUUUGAGUCUAGAAGCAGCAGGUAACUGCUUGCAGGGACUUGUACACAGUGGCGUCUUGGUCAAGCAUAAAAUGCAACAAGAAAUUGUAUACGAAGCUGUACCAGAAGCCAUUGAAAACUGCCAACGCCUUGUUAGUUCUAUCUUACCAAAGUUGACCGUAGAUUUUUAUAGCAACCCAGUUAUUAUACAUCAAACGCAACGAGCGCGUUUAUAAAAAGGCCAUAGACGAUAUUAAUAACAACAGAUUAUGUUGAGUCAGUGUGUCAAAUAAGAUCUGUGGUUAAGGUUUUUGACAGCUUGUUAGUAUUUGGGACAUAAUGUUUUUGAACUGUCCGUUUUUUAGGUAUUAUUAGUUAUUACUUAAAAAUAGUGAUUUCAUUUCAGUAUUGACACGCAAUUCCAUAUAAAAAAAGUCCUUCGAUUAUUUCGAUAUUCGAUAAGGCUCAUUUCUCAGAGGAAAGAUUGUUAAUCAGUACCACCGCUGGUUCACAACGUUUUGUACGGUACAAUCACGAAAGCCCAAUGCUUGGUCAUACAUUUUUGUAGUUAAUAGCAAGGUUCUUAUAUAACUAUAUGAUUUUAAGCAUGA